AUGCCACCGAAGCCCAUCACCCUCGAAAAUGCGACACAGACUAUACUCGUCCCCCUCUACUUUCUCUCCAUGUUCAGGCAAUUUCUUGUAUGCUUUGCGGUCACCGAGUAUCAGCAUUAUGCCGGCAAACGCGAAUUUCGCCGUAUUUGCUGCCUUCGUCCCGACACCACAAUCUUCCACCCGCGUCAAAAACGCCCAAUACUAUUUGAACUUGUUGGUCAAAUCGCGCGCGAGGAUUGUUAUCUCACGGCGCGCGGAGACGAGGAGCAUCAAGAACCAGACGACCCGGUCGCUUCUUGCUGGGUAACUGCGCGACCGGACCUCAUUUCGCGCAUCCACUGGCGCUCGGUCAUACCAACCAUUCAAGAUAUCAUGGACACUAUUCCGGGAGGUGUCGAUUCGUCGAAGCUCGUGUACGGGCAAGUGGACGCGAUUGAAAGUGUGCGGGUGCAGCUUUUGUGGCGCGCGCCUGACGGCGAGUCCAUUGCACAAUCUCUCCCAAUGUACGACACGGCGGGCGCACGUUGUGUCCCCAAGACGAUCGAAGAGGUUCCGUUUGACCGCGCCUUACGGUUUGUCUUCACACUCGAGUAUUACCACGAGCGCGAUAAUCCUGCAUCUCGUGUCAUAUACGCAUACAUAGUUCACAUAGUCCAUGCCUGA